AUGUUGCAAGAGAGGCCUUUACCCCUUCUUUUCAUGCAUUUACUGUUUCGUAUAACGUACGCAGAAUGUUUCACGAAAUAUGAACGAGAUGGAACUUGUUUCUGUUCCUGUGAUUCAUCUGUUGAAAGUUCUUAUUUGUCCACCAUCUCAUCUGUAGAGGCCCUCAUUUUGUGUUCAAUGAGGUGUUCGCAAAAAAGCAGCUGUGUGGCUUACAACUUCUUCACUGCAUCCAACCAGUGCCAACUAUUCAAUAAAACCGGGAACUGUUUUAGAGUUGUGCCAAAUUGCCAUCAUUAUUUCAAACUUACUAGCAACGUGAAUUUAGCGUUGAGCCGAUCUUUGUUGAUAACUGUGGACAAUUUUCUGCUUGCAUUUUAUGUCAACGGGGCAGCAGUUGAUGUUCCAUUGUAUUUUCGCAAUGCAGGUGAUUGGACGAAGACUGACAGGUACACGCUGGCAGGAGAUGUUAUCGUUCUCGCAAUCAAGCCACGCAACUCGGGAGGAGCUGGUAGAUUGAUAGCCAAAUCAUCAGAUGACUACAUCCUGACCAACUCUACCUGGAAAUGUACCAACAACUCAUACGAUGGCUGGUACGAAGUGGAUUACGAUGAUUCAUUCUGGCCUGGUGCUGUCGUUAAGAGGAGAGAAAAAAAUUCUGCCCAUGCCAUGCUCGUCUUCAUGCCUGCUCUCUGGAUUACCGACUCAACUGACUCCGUUUUUGAUGUUGUGUUGGGAUGA